CAGUUUUCGCCAGAAAAAUGGUAUCCGUGCUGAAUACGAUCGACACCGGCCACGAGGACAUGAUCCACUGUGCCGAUGUUGACUACUACGGGCUCCGGUUGGCGACCUGUUCGUCCGACAAUUCGGUCAAAAUUUUCGACAUUAAGAACGGUGCCCAAACGCUAGCGGCCGACCUGAAGGGACACGGUGGCCCAGUGUGGCAGGUUGCCUGGGGCCAUCCACGGUACGGUAAUGUGCUGGCAUCGUGCUCGUACGAUCGUAAGGUGAUUGUGUGGAAGGAGGCCGGUCCGGGCGAUUGGACGAAGUGGUACGAGUACAGCAAUCACGACUCUUCCGUUAAUUCCGUUGCCUGGGCACCGGCCGAGUAUGGGCUGGUACUGGCAUGUGGUAGUUCCGACGGUUCGAUUUCCAUCCUGACAGCGAACGUGGAGGCCGGUUCGUGGGAUUGUAAGAAGAUCUCGAAUGCUCACACGAUCGGCUGCAAUACGGUGAGCUGGUGUCCGGCAACCGUUCCCGAGCCGGCGUUCGAUCAGCGCCCGAGCAAAACGAAUCUGGCCGUAAAGCGACUCGUUUCGGGCGGAUGCGAUAAUGCGGUGAAAAUUUGGAAGGAGGACGGUGACCGCUGGGAGGAGGAAAAGCGACUCGAGUUACACUCGGACUGGGUGCGGGAUGUGGCGUGGGCACCGAGUGUGGGUAUGCCGCGGCAUCAGAUUGCUAGCUGCUCGCAGGAUCGGCGCGUUGUAAUUUGGACGAGUGAUGAUCUAGUUAGCUGGCAACCGACUGUGCUGCACAAUUUUGACGACGUCGUGUGGAACGUGAGCUGGUCGCUGACGGGCAACAUUCUGGGCGUUUCGGGCGGUGACAACAAGGUGAGCCUGUGGAAGGAAACGAGCGAGGGCCAGUGGAUCUGCAUCAGCGAAGAUACGAACAGUGCUUCCGGCGGGGCAGGAGCACAGAACAACUUCAUACCGGAACAGCGAACACUGUAGAGGA